AAAUGCCUCUGUCUCUCUCUCUCUCUCUCUCUUCUCUUGAGAAGAAAAGGGGAAAAUAAAUGAAUAAAUAAUAUUAAAGAAGAGAGCUUUGUAUUCUUAUGGAAUAUGGGUUGUGUGAAUUCUAAGGCCAAGGCAAAGCAAAGUCUUCCAUUUCACACCUUUCAAUCUCCGACUCGUGGUGGAACAAACUAGGGCUUCACAUCUCAACAAAGUCUACCGAGGUCUGUUCAUUUGGUGCUCUUUUUACUCCAGUUCCUAUCAUUUUUUUCUAAUGAUAUAGCCCCUAUGCUUAAUUUGAUCUUCUGGGUUCAGUUUUUCUUCUCCACAAACUAAAGCCUUUCACAAGCUGAAUUAAUUUCUUCGGAUUUUGAUUGAAAGGCAAUUCUUUUAUGGUAUCUGCUUUUCCCAAAAAUGACUCUGUGGGCUUUGUGUUUUUGUCCUGAAGAUCUAUUACUAAACUAGGUUUUUUAGAUUUUUGGAGUUUUUAUGCUCUGUUGUUGUCCGGGUACUUUGGCUUUUGGCCCUUUUGGGUGAUCAAAAUAUUUUUGAGAGAGUUGGAUUAUUAUGGAGGAGGUUGAAGAAGCUAACAGGGCUGCUGUGGAGAGCUGCCAUAGAGUUCUGGGGUUGUUGUCUCAACCUCAAGAUCAGGUCCAGUAUAGGAAUUUAAUGGUGGAAACUGGAGAGGCUGUGUUUAAGUUCAAGAAAGUUAUUUCUCUUCUAAAUUCUGGUUUAGGUCAUGCAAGAGUUAGGAAGCUCAAGAAAUUACCGACCCCUUUAUGCCAAAGCAUCCUUUUAGAUAACCCGCAUCAUAGGAUGGAUCUUCCAUCCAAGAAUUUUCAAUUUCUCCAAUCUGGUAGUUACCUUGAUAGCCACCCAAUUCAGGAAUUGGGUUCAAAUGCUAAGAAUUCCCUUUGUUUUGGGACCCCAUCUUUGGAGCUGAGUUCAAAUGGGAAAAACCCUCUCCACCUUUCCCAACAAACACCGUCAACUCAUUAUCACUUCCUUCAGCAACAGAAACGUUUACAGCUCCAACAGCAGCAGCAAAUGAAGCAGCAAGCUGAGAUGAUGUUUAGAAAGAGCAAUAGUGGGAUUAACCUGAACUUUGAUAACUCUAGCUGUACACCUACAAUGUCAUCUACUAGAUCUUUCAUAUCUUCCUUAAGUAUAGAUGGCAGUGUUGCUAAUUUAGAAGGAAGUGCAUUUCAUUUGAUUGGGGCACCUCGGGCCUCAGAUCAAAGUUCACAGCAACACAAGAGAAAGUGUUCUGGAAGGGGAGAAGAUGGUAGUGUAAAAUGUGGAAGCAGUGGAAGAUGCCACUGCUCAAAGAAGAGGAAACAUAGGAUAAAGAGGUCAAUCAAGGUACCUGCUAUUAGUAACAAGCUUGCUGAUAUCCCUCCUGAUGAUUAUUCAUGGAGGAAGUAUGGGCAGAAGCCAAUCAAGGGUUCUCCUCAUCCUAGGGGGUAUUAUAAAUGUAGUAGCAUGAGAGGUUGCCCUGCAAGGAAGCAUGUUGAGAGGUGCUUGGAAGACCCAUCUAUGCUUAUUGUUACUUAUGAAGGUGAACAUAACCACCCAAGGAUACCAUCACAAUCUGCAAACACAUAAUCCUCAUGUAGUGAUUUCAAGCCUCUUAAUGUUCAAUUCGUCUAAACUUAAUUAUGAAUGGCUUCUGUACAUAUUUUUCUUUUUUUCCUUUCCUCCAUCUUUCUUUUCUUUUACUCUGGGGAGUUGGCUUUUCAAAGCCUUCUCAGCAAUUAGGCCAGAGAGCUUGAAGCUAAACACCUAUCAAAGAAAAAUGUAGAAUUGGGGCUUUAAAUUUGAAGAACUUUUUCAUUUUCCAUGAAUCAAUGCUGGAACAGUUUCGGAAAUUUCCCAA